AGACGCGACCUGGAAAUAUGCAGAGGGAAAAAGAAAUGGAUGGAUAGAAAAUCAAAAUAGAUACAUUUAGAGAGAGAGAAACUUCAAUCGCAAAAAAAAAAAAAAAAAGAGAUUUUUCAGUGAGAGAGAGAGCAAGAGAUCUGAGUCAAGCAACGAGUUGGGUGGAGGAUUCAGUCGACUCGGGUUGUGUAGGGGAGCACUGUUUCAAAGAUUAAGAUCGUGACCAGUCGGAUCCUGUAUCUUGAAAUUGACGUUAACCGUCCGAUUUAACCCCUCUCUCUCUCUCGCUCUCUCUCUUUAAAGUUACAAUCUAUUCUAAAGCCGAAUUGAAAGGGAAAGAAAAACCUAAUCGAUCGGGUCGGGUUUCGGAUCUUUGUUUAGAUGCUGCUUCUGCUUCCUCAGAUUUGACCUCUGUGGAAGCUUUAACUUCACUGUAAAUGGAACUGAGGAUGAAAAAGUGGAAGGCAUUUGAACAAUGGUGAAGAAAUUACAGCAUUGCCGGGGUUUUUUGUAACUUCAAUUUCAUUUUGGAAGAGUUAGUUUACUAAAAGUCCUAAUCUUGUCAGUUGUGGAACCUUUGAAAAAAUAGAAUAUUUUAUCUUAAGGUUGUUGUUUUGGAGAAUUUGAAACAAAGGUGUAAGUGGGCUUUUGUUAAUUUUUAUGUUUUUAGUGUUAGGGGUAUUGGAGAUGGAGGAAAUCAUAGCUUAGGGAUAAAAAUCUAAAGUGUGAGUUAAGUGUAAUGGAGGAUCUUUCCAAGUAUUCCCACAGUCCUGCCCAUUUAGCUGUUGCCCGUCGUGACUAUGCUGGGCUUAGGCGCAUUAUCUUGACACUCCCUCGGCUUGCCAAGGCUGGUGAAGUUAAUACUGAAGCUGAAUCUCUUGAGACUGAGCUCCAGGCCGAUGCUGUCUCAGCUGUCAUAGAUCGUCGUGAUGUCCCAGGUAGGGAGACUCCAUUGCAUUUAGCAGUCCGGUUGCGAGAUCCAAUCUCUGCAGAGAUUUUGAUGGCAGCUGGAGCAGAUUGGAGUCUUCAGAAUGAGCAUGGGUGGAGUGCUUUGCAAGAAGCGGUAUGCACAAGGGAAGAAGCGAUUGCUAUGAUUAUUGCACGACACUACCAGCCACUUGCCUGGGCAAAAUGGUGUCGUAGACUUCCCAGGAUUGUCGCCUCAGCAGGUCGUAUCCGUGAUUUUUACAUGGAGAUAACUUUUCAUUUUGAAAGUUCAGUCAUUCCUUUUAUUGGUCGCAUUGCACCAUCAGAUACUUACCGUAUUUGGAAGCGGGGUUCAAAUCUCCGUGCUGAUAUGACACUUGCUGGAUUUGAUGGGUUCCGCAUUCAAAGAUCAGACCAAACAUUUCUCUUUUUAGGGGAGGGCUACACUUCUGAGGAUAGUAAUCUUUCUCUUCCUCCAGGCUCUUUGAUUGUUCUUGCUCAUAAGGAGAAAGAAGUUACAAAUGCUCUGGAGGGGGCUGGUGCACAACCAACAGAAUCAGAGGUUGCUCAUGAAGUAGCUUUGAUGUCUCAAACUAAUAUGUAUAGGCCUGGCAUUGAUGUCACUCAGGCUGAGCUUGUUCCCCAUUUGAAUUGGAGGCGCCAAGAGAGAAGUGAGAUGGUUGGAAACUGGAAGGCUAAAGUUUAUGAUAUGCUUCAUGUGACAGUCAGUGUGAAGUCAAGGAGGGUUCCUGGUGCAAUGAGUGAUGAAGAACUUUUUUCUGUGGAUGAUGAAGAAAGGUUGGCAAAUGGUGGCGAGAAUGAUGAGUAUGAUGAUGUGUUGACAGCUGAGGAAAGAAUGCAGUUGGAUUCAGCACUUCGUAUGGGAAAUUCAGAUGGUUUUUGUGAUGAUGAGCAUGGAGUCCUUGACUGCCAAGAAAAUGGUUCAGGAGGGUGCUAUGAAAAUUCUGAAUCAAAUGGUGUUGCUAAGGAGAAGAAGAGCUGGUUUGGCUGGAAUAAAAAAGUCUCAAAGAAUAGUGAUGAUCCUGAGGAUUCAAAGAUUUUAAAGAAGUUCUCAAAGUUGGCCCCUGAAGGUAGCAAUCAGAAACAAGUUGAUGGUCAGAAAUCAUCUUCUGAAUUUACAAAGGAAGAUACAGUGGAUGGGAAGAAGGGUAAAGAUAAAGGCAGCAAGAAGAAGAAGAAGAAAGGGGGCAUUACUGAUGCUAAACAUGAGAGUGAGUACAAAAAGGGUUUGAGACCUGUUUUGUGGUUAACACCGGAUUUCCCUUUAAAGACGGAGGAGCUCCUGCCUUUACUUGACAUAUUAGCCAACAAGGUCAAGGCUGUGAGGAGACUAAGGGAGCUUUUGACAACUAAACUGCCAUUGGGCACAUUUCCUGUCAAGGUUGCCAUCCCUAUUGUCCCAACAAUUCGAGUCCUUGUCACUUUCACGAAAUUUGAGGAGCUUCAGCCCACGGAGGAGUUCUCGACACCUCUUUCGAGUCCAGCUCAUUUUCAGGAUGCCAAGUCAAAGGAAUCGGAGGGUUCAACAUCAUGGAUUUCAUGGAUGAGGGGGAGUCGAGGUGGCCAGUCAAGUGAUAGUGAUAGUCACCGGUAUAAGGAUGAGGUUGAUCCUUUCCACAUACCAUCCGAUUAUACCUGGGUUGAUGCCAAUGAGAAAAAACGUCGCAUGAAAGCCAAGAAAGCCAAAAGCAAGAAGCACAAAAGGCAGGCAGCAGCCAAAGGUGGGGAUGGAGCCCAUCAGGUGAAUGAAGAGGUGGAAGAAUAAUUACUUUACCCCCUUCACUGGCACCUGGAAGAGAAAGAGGAGGUAAGGCUCCUCCCUGUACCCAUCUGACAUUUUUCUAAUUCCCACUUUGCAUUAUGGGGCAGUUCAUUUGCAGAAUGAUUUAGGGGAUCGCUUUGAUUAAGAAGAGCCUUGUCUUCUUCUGUUGUUGUAUUGUUAUGUGAUGUGAAAUUGGAGAGGGACAAAAUCUCCUCGUUUCUUUAAUAGCUUGUUCCAAUUCUAAUUUUUCUUGGACAUCAAUCCUUGUAUCUAAGCCCAUGGUCAUCCAAUUUUCAUUUUUUGUGAUUGGUAUUCCUUUUCC